UGCCGCGCCAACAGAGAAAGAAACUGUGAAGAAAAAAAAUUGGAUGGCACACAGAUACAACAACAACAGCUUCAAUUCCAAUCUUGGUUAAAAAGCUGCUUUAAGAUGCGCAGCCUCACUCUGGGUCUCAGAUCCUCUUCUCUUCCUUUCAUCUGCAACUCCUCCUUCAGGCUCUGCAGGCGAUUCCAUUUCCUCAAGCCAUGUUCUUCUCUCAAGCAGACGAAGAAGAAGAAGCAGCAACAGUCUCUUCGCCCUCCGUCCACCGCUCCACCUCCCCAGAGUCUCCGGUGGUUCUUCAAUCCCAAAUCCAGUGACGACGACAACGACGACGAUGCUAAAUCCUCCGCGGCUGAGAGCGAUGACGAUGGCGGAUCGGAAGGGGAUGCUGCUAUCAAGGGCACGAUUUUGGCCGGCGUUUUGUUGAUUGGUUCUGUUGGUGGAUUCGCCGGCGUUGGCUACGUCUACAGAGACCAGAUCAAUACGUUUCUCACUCAGUUCUCAACUCUAAUCGAAGGUUAUGGUCCGGCUGGGUAUGCACUGUUCAUUGCCGUGUAUGCUGGUCUUGAGAUACUAGCCAUUCCGGCUCUCCCACUGACGAUGUCGGCUGGUCUUCUCUUCGGUUCUGUUGUUGGCACUAUCAUAGUUUCUAUCAGUGGAACAAUGGCUGCUAGUGUUGCUUUCCUAAUUGCCAGAUACUUUGCCCGAGAGCGCAUCCUUAAGUUAGUUGAAGGCAACAAGAAGUUCCUCGCCAUUGAUAAAGCGAUUGGUGAAAAUGGGUUUAGGGUUGUUACUCUCCUUCGGCUAAGCCCUCUGCUUCCUUUCUCUCUUGGAAAUUACCUUUACGGGUUAACAUCUGUGAAGUUUGUGCCUUACGUGUUUGGAAGCUGGUUGGGUAUGCUUCCAGGAUCUUGGGCUUAUGUCAGCGCUGGCGCUUUUGGACGAGCAAUUAUUCAAGAAGAAUCUAAUGUUGGCUUGCCUGGAGGAAACGGCCAGCUUUUAACACUCGGGUUGGGUCUGUUGGUAACUGCAUUGGCUGCAACAUAUGUGACACGCCUUGCAAAGGAUGCUAUAAAAGAUAUUGAUGAUGAUAAGUAGAGAACUGCAAACUAAGAAAAUGAAACAGGCCAGUGAUUGGAUUUGGAUCCAUUGGGUAAAGAUUAAACACUCUAGGACUUGUAAGGAGAACAAUGUACCAAAGUUGAAUGUUUAUCUAGGAUGACAUUAAUAUUGCCUUCUUAUUGUUCAUAGUUGAUAAUAUAAUAUUUUUUCUCGACAAAAAGAAACAAGAAUAUGC